CGCUCAGGGGCAAAUCUGUCAUUCUCUCACCCCGUCUCACCCUCUCCUUUUUAUCUCUCUCUCUCUCUCUCUCUCUCUCUCCCUUCACUUUCAUUUCUCCCCUCUCUGCUUGAAACGACGAGAAGGAAUAUAUAAAAAAAGAACAAAAAAUCGAACCCCUCUCUCUUUCAGACCUUUUAUCGAACAGGUCAUCUGCAAGCCGAAGCCCGGGGGAGAGUAAAGGAGUUUCCCGGCGGCGAUUUGUUCUGUUUUCUUCUUCCGCCCCCUCCAAGCGGGGAAGAGGCCUGGAAUUCGCGUACGGGCGGGGUUUCUGCUGGUUGGCUUCUGCUCAUUGAGGCCUGGGUAAUAGGAUACAGAGGAAGGAGGCAGCGGCCGGGAUUUGGUUCUUUCCGCGAUGUGACGACUUUGUUGCUCUGAGAUUGGGGGGGUUUUCGAUUUUAUUUUGCGAAGAUGGGGAAGUUGGCGUUGGGAGUAGCGGUGGGGGUGGCGGUGGCGACUUGUGCGGUGGCCGGGGUGGUGGUGGGAAGGAGAUUAAGGAGUCGGAGGAAGUGGAGGAGAGUGGUGGGAGUGUUGAGGGAAUUGGAAGAGUCGUGCGAGACUCCGGUAGGGAGGCUGAAGCAGGUGGUGGAUGCUAUGGCCGUGGAGAUGCAUGCUGGAUUGGCCUCCGAAGGAGGGUCCAAGCUGAAAAUGUUGCUCACUUUCGUUGACCGUUUGCCUAAUGGUUUGGACUUCCUGGCUUCUAAUCUUAUUUGCUGUCCUAGAUUUGUUGUUUGCUUCUGCGUAGUUUGUGUAGUUCUAUUUGUCAAUUUGCUUUUUGGUUUUGUUGUCAGGAGUGAAAUAGGAACUUAUUAUGCUCUAGAUCUUGGCGGUACUAAUUUUAGGGUAUUGCGGGUUCAGCUAGGAGGUACAAGGUCCUCGAUAUUGUCGAAAGAUGUAAAAAGGCAGCGCAUUCCUCAGCACUUGAUGACCAGCACAAGUGAGGACCUCUUUGAUUUCAUUACAUCAAAACUGAAACAGUUUGUUGAACAAGAAGAAACUGUAUCUGAAGCUGCUCAAUCUAGGACCAGGGAGCUAGGGUUCACAUUCUCUUUUCCAGUUAAACAGAUUUCUAUUCGUUCUGGCUUCCUGAUACGGUGGACCAAAGGGUUUGCUAUUGAAGAUAUGAUUGGAUGCGAAAUUAUUGAACGUUUACAAGCAGCAUUGAUGAAGAAAGGUUUAGAUAUGUGUGCGACUGUAUUGGUGAAUGAUACUGUUGGAAUCUUAGCCCUUGGACACUAUUAUGAUGCAGACACUGUCGCUGCUGUUAAAAUUGGAACAGGCACCAAUGCCUGUUACAUGGAGAGGGCAGAUGCAAUCAUCAAAUGCCAAGGACUCCUUACAUCCUCCGGAGCCAUGGUGGUCAACAUGGAAUGGGGAAAUUUCUGGUCAUCUCAUUUGCCGAGAACAACUUACGAUAUUGAAAUGGAUAUGGAGAGCCCCAAUCCAAAUGACCAGGGUUUUGAGAAAAUGAUUUCUGGAAUGUAUCUCGGCGACAUCUUCAGAAGAGUACUCCUCAGAAUGUGCGAGGAGUCUGAUGUCUUUGGACCUGUCUCAUCGAAAUUAUUGAUACCUUUCGUGCUAGAAAUGCCUCUCAUGGCGGCAAUGCAUGAAGAUGACACUCCCGACCUGAAGGUAGUAGCUGCCAUCCUAAGAGAAAAGCUAGAGAUCCAAGACGUUCCUCUUAAGGCAAGGAGGCUGGUCGUCAAAGUAUGCGACGUGGUGACUCGGAGAGCUGCUCGGUUGGCAGCUGCCGGCAUUGUGGGAAUACUAAAGAAAAUUGGCCGGGAUGGAACCGGAGGGAUAACAGGCAGCAGAAGUAGAAGCGACGCGAAGAUGAGAAGAACGGUAGUAGCAGUAGAAGGAAGCCUGUACACGAGCUACAUGAUGUUCAGAGAGUACUUGCACGAGGCGUUGAAUGAAAUACUGGGCGAAGAUGUGGCGCAGCACGUCGUUCUCAGAACAACGGAGGAUGGAUCGUGUGUCGGGGCAGCUCUCCUUGCCGCGUUACAUUCUUCUUCUUCGUCAUCGUCGGAGGGCCUGCAUCGUCGACGAUAGUGCAGAACUGUGGAUAGCUUGGGUAAGGGUACAGUUGCUAUAAAUAUAUAUAUCAUUCAUAUAAUCAUAUAUAUAUUUAUACGUAUAGCAAUCAGUCAGUCAGUCAGGUAUAGCUGCCUUUCCUCCCCUUGUAAAUGUAGAAAAUUAUUUUGGGAAUCCCUUUUGGUGGUUAUAUAAAUAUAAGAAAGAAGAUGAAGAAAAAAAAAGGUUGGUCUCCAGAAACUCUCGUCUGUUGUAUCUCUUUUGCUCCAUCCCUCUGUCCCUCCAUGUUCACCUUCUGUAAAUUUGGUUUUGGCACUCUGGUAAAAGAAGAAAAAGAAGUUCUACAA